GACGAAUCAGGAUUUUGACCUGAAUAUUUUCACAACAUCCUUCCAUUUACGGCAGCAGUAUGGCUGAGGGCUCAGUGAGUAUAGCAGAGGUGGAGACAUCCUUCCAGAAGUUUGCAGUCCAUGGAGACACUAAGGCCACAGGGAAGGAAAUGAACGGCAAGAACUUUGCCAAAAUCUGCAAGGACUGUCACAUCAUCGAUGGCAAGAACGUCACCACUACAGAUGUUGACAUAGUUUUCAGCAAAGUCAAGGCAAAGUCAGCUCGUGUAAUUACAUUUGAGCAGUUCAACCAGGCCCUGAUGGAGUUGGCUCCCAAACGUUUUAAAGGCAAAAGCAAAGAGGAGGCGCUUCAGCAGCUCUAUGGUCUCAUUGCUGGGAAGGAGCCUGCCAACAUCGGAGUUACUAAAGUGGCAAAGGCAGCAGCAGUAGACAGACUGACCGAUGCCACCAAGUACACUGGAGCACACAAGGAGCGGUUCGAUGAGUCAGGAAAAGGAAGAGGAAAGGCCGGGCGCGAGGACAUCCCAGACACUAGUGGCUAUGUGGGAUCUUACAAGGGCAGCGGCACUUAUGAUGAAAAAGUGAAAGAAGCAUAAUGCUGUUGUCAGAUUAUGAAAACUUUGUUUCACCAAAAACCUGAUUUGGGCUGUUAAAAAACAACAUUAUUUCAUUGGUUACUCUAUUUUUGAAGACAAAACAAAUAUACUGUAUAGGUCCUCUAUGGUCAGCCUUUAUAACACUUGUUGGAUCCAUGCAAAACAAUUACAGACAAAAACAUAGUGGAGUUUCAAGGUUUUCACAAGUGACAACCAGGAAAGAAAUUACAGAAACAAUUUCCUGAAUUCAUCCAAAAAUA